AUGAAAGCCGAUCGCGUUUUGCUCAUGGAAAAUCGCAUUCAAUACUCGUCGUCUGUCGACGAAAACAGCUGGUCGGUGCGUAUGUUGUUCUUGAUCCAUUCCGUGUACAUGGGCACAUUGACAUACACACCCGGCAGACUUGGUGUAGCGCACUCCACGCCCCAGCUGACGACGCCACCCACGAACCACCGGUCUCUGAAUCCUUCCAUCGGGCACAGCAGCGGACCUAAGAAAUGGCCCUGUUGA